AUGGAGGUAUCUAGUAUUGACAUGACGGCCCAGAGCCUGGAAUUAUACUUGCAGAAUAACUUGCAAGGUAACGUAUUCUACGCUAUCCCAAACUUCUGGGACUAUUUCUUUGAAGAAAAGGAUUGGACCGGUCAGGCUUCUCGUAUAUGGGAAAGCUAUGAAAAGUAUGAGAUUUCUGAGAAGAAAAAAAGAUCGAAAGAAGACAAGGAAGAGAAAAUCCUUGAAGGCAUGACUGAAAGUAAGAUAUGGGACUGGCUCACCUUCUUUGAGGAGAAUUUCCUAAAUCAGCUCAAUGGUCGCACAACAAGGUCCACAAAAUACCCCAUAGUCAUCGAAGAUAAGGGCUCCCUUCUGCGAGGGCGGUAUUGUCGUACAAAGAGGACACAACGUGCUCAGGAUUCCACGGGUACUACUCAGAUUGACUUCCUGGUAAAAAGUAUUGACAUACAGAAUGAUGAUGUUGAUUGGAAAAACAUGAACGUCGGGGCUGAGUUCACAGUAUCACCGAGUACGCCUAUAAGAAAGAAAAAGUUCCUUCAACUAUCAAGAUGUUCAUGUGAAGCAUACUGCGCUCAGCCCCUGCGGCGAUUUAUGCACGGAUUUCUGAUGUUUAAAGAAGAAUUCGAACUCUGGGUUUUCGAUCGCUCGGGCGCUUACAGCUAG